AUGGCCAUCAACAGCCCCUCGAGCUCAUCCAUGUUGGAGGCGAUCACGAGUUACAACAAGAAGACUGGAAAAUUAGUGCUGACGAAUUCUGCGUUGAAGUGGAUCCCCAAGGGUGGCGCUGGAAGUGGCGCAGAAAUCGUCUCGAUCGACCGGGGUCGUCUCCAUUCACUAUUCGCGUCGAGAGAAGGUGGUCCAAAAGCGAUCCUCAAGAUUGUAGCCAAUGCAAUUACCACCGAACCCACCUCAACGGAUGGCAAAAACGCACCGAGUGCAGCCGAUGAGACCUAUAAAUUUUCCUUCACCAGUUCUGAUCCACUCAGCGAUCGAGAAACCUUCAAGAGCCAAAUCUCCGAGAUUAUCCUCCAGAAUCGGGGACUGGGUCAAGCCUCUCAAGCGCCAACACAGCUCGCCGGUAGAAAGGACGGCCCGGAGAACCCAUCUACCGAGGCAGUAGACAAAGGCAAAGCAGUGAACCCACUGGAGGACUGGCGUCUGAAGAAACGCGUCCUUCAGAACCAUCCCGACCUGCGACAACUCCACAAAGAGAUGGUCAUCGGGGGGCAGAUCUCCGAAGGCGAAUUCUGGGAUGGGCGAGAGGAGUUGCUCUACCAUGAGGCUCGACGCGAUACCCAGAAAACCGGCAGGUCUGCCCAGAUGGUCGAUCCCCGUCCUGAGACGACCGAAUCCGGCGAUAUUAGGAUUAGCAUCACUCCCCAGAUGAUUCGGGAUAUUUUUGAACAGUACCCGAUCGUUCAAAGAGCUUACAACGAAAACGUCCCACCCUUGAAUGACCAAACAUUCUGGACACGUUAUUUCCGAUCCAAACUGUUUGACCGACACCGCUCCUCAGCCAGACAGUCAGGUGAUGCGGUGAAAGAGGAUGAAAUAUUCGAUAAAUAUCUGGGAGAUGAUGAUGACGGAAUAGAGCCCAAGCAGAUCAACACACGAGAGAUCUUCAAACUAUUGGAUUUGGCAGCCACCCAGGAAGAUCACGCAGAGACGGGGAAUUCCAGCGAUUGGACCAUGCGGGCUGGUACUCAAAGAUCUUCACUUCCAUUGAUGAGAAGGUUCAAUGAACAUUCACAAAGAUUACUGGAUUCGACACUUGGUAAAAUACCCGACCGGCGCUGCGGUGGAGUGAUUGAUGGGGGUGAUGCGGGUUCAAGGAACUACUAUGGGGAGACAGAUUUAGAAGACCUGAAUGCACCUACAGAGCCGGAAAGGGUCAUUCUGGACAUGCGAGAACAGGAGCGAUACUUCGAAGGCAGCGCAAGUGCCAGUCAGAGCUCGAAAAGAAAGCGAUCUGCCGAGGAGGAUGAGCAGAUUGUGGACCAGAUGGCCGAUCGGCUCACCAAAGCCUGGAGGCUCGAGCUCGGAAAGUUCAAAAUCCCUAAGGAACAAGUUAACCAAUCCACCCGUCUCAUGCUCGAUAAUAUAUCCAUUCGCUGCGAGCAACAGCGUGGAUUUAAUGAAAAUUCAAUGCCUAAGGAUUUCCUCGACCAAAUGGUUUCAGCAUAUACGACGACAAAUGAAUUUCUGCGCCAAUUCUGGACUGCAAUCCUACCGAAUCCGAUCGCCGUCAGCCCACCAAUGGCCAUGUCGACCUCGGCAGGAGGAAGCACUAUGUCCAAAGAGGAUGAGCAGAAGGCCUUGAUGAUGAUGACUAAACCGGCGUUGACGGCUGAACAGAAGGCGCUCAAAGCCCAGAGAAUGAUUGGCUUCUUGUCCAAAACUAACGACCGCAUUCAGGGUUUGAUUCAGACUGCUCACCGCAUCGACGGUUUUAAUAAAAGUAACGUCUUAAUCGCCUUUCAAGGCCUCCUCAGAUCGGUCGACGUGGCACGGAAAUAUUACCAAGAUCGGACCUCAUGA